GACGAGACGGGCGAUUCGCUCGACUAGAUGGUCGAGGGCUUCCCUCCAGCGAUGGCAACAGGCACACAGCGUGACUGACAACAGUAGCAGCAGAAGACGACUGAGUGUCCUAUCAUCUUCUUUCCUAGACCCGGGUGAGAUGGCGCUCAACCCACCACCUUACGCUGCGACAACGUCUUCGAGCUCUCUACGCCUUGCUGUAUCUCAGGAUGUCAACUUGCCUGGCCUCGUCUUCUCGAGCGCCUCUGCCUACGCUCAGACUCAGCGACCGAAGAUGUAUGCUCGUAUACCCAAGAAGCGCGAUGGGUGGAAGGCCGACAUUGUUGAAGUGACGGAGAAGCAACAGACUUCACCCUGCUAUGAAGUGAGAAGAGAACCGUUGUCUCGACGAAUCGAUUUCCGAGAUCACGAGGGCGUGCAUAAUGUCAUGAUCAGCCAUGGCCUCGCAGGGUCUCGCGUCAUGGCGCUGGAGGCUAGAGACGGGCAGAAGCUGGCUUGGCAGGUCGGCGCGUGGUCUUCUUGCGGCAAUCUGGAUCUUGUUUCGCAGCCGAGCAGCUAUGUGCUAGCUCGUUAUAGAGGCAAUGUUGCACAAGGCGUCCUCGAAAUUUCGCCUGUGCCUGUGUCUGACAGCCCUCCAGGGCAGACGCAACGAAUCAACAUCGGCAAAGAGGACAAAGUGGACGUAGAAGAUGAGGAAGAGGACAAAGCGCGGCUGGGAAAAGCAGCAAAGCGGGUGGACGUGGCAAUAGGCAUUGCUGCCCUCGUUGGCGGUUCGUUUGCGACUCCUCAUGGCGUCGCAGGCCUCAAUGCUCGCUGUGGACUCUCGGACGAAUUUGUCAAUCUUGGCAGAACAUUGCUCACGACAACCGUCACUGCUCAAGAUCACAACCAGGACGAAAGCUUGCGCCGAAAAGCUGAGGGUCUGGCCGCGCGCAACCGAGCCGACUGGACCAAGAUCGAUGACCCGAGACCUAGGCCAGUCCCCCUAGACUUGGUCGUCGCUAGCCUGGUCGCAGUGCUUUGCAAUUGAUCUCUUAUAAAGCGACGAUCCCUUUGUCAAAUAGUACCACUGUCGCAGCGCUUUGUCUCGCCUUGCUCUUCUCCGUCACAGACGGUUUGACGUUCCUGUCCAUGUCAAAGGCCUCACAUGGGCACGUGGGCGGCGCAGAAACAAAAUUCAAGAAUCAGCCCCUGUUUUUGUAUCAGCUACAACCC